CAGAAUUAGCUACAGUGAGGAGAUCACAGUUACUGUAGGUUCUGGGUGCUGCACUGUUACUGACACAGAUAUUGCUGGGAAAUUAGGAAGAGGUUGAACAUUUGUUGUAACAAGACAGAUGAAGAGAGACAUCAUAUGGGAUCAAUCUGGAAAAAGAUCAGGCAGGUGACUGAGGACAGAAUGCUGUUUUUCAGCAGCGCUCACACCAAAUGUCUGCUGGAUGGAGGCGGCAUCAACUUCUCUGAGAAGAUGAGCGGCGGCGUGACGCGGAUAGAAGAAAACGGAGAAGAGGACAACAGAGCUAACGUCAGAUGCAGGCGGCUUAGAAUCACUCUACAAGAUCAGGAUCAGUCAGGCUGCACCUCCGACCGGAACAGCAACAAGAAGAGCAGCAUAGCAGUAGUGCUGCCACAGAAACCAGAGAAGCAAGAAGAAACCCUGGUCCCUCCCACAGAAGAAAAAGCUGAAGUCAUUAAAGUUCUCCUCAACGCCUGUCCGGAGAAAGCAGAGAGUGUCAGAAUGCUGACGGACGAAGUGUCGCAGAUUCAGGAGGUGAGGUACUGUCUGAAGACUCUGAGAGAACAGAUGGCAGCCAGGCAGAACACCACCAAUAACAAGUAUCCAAUCAAUGGUUUCAGAGUCAACCUGCCUAGCAGCAAACCAGCUGUCACCCAUGGCAACACUGUUUCCACCGAGUCAGACGCUCAGGUCGGGGACAAUCAGGAGGAGAGUGUGAGGCUCAGGGAGGCGACCAAGCGUCUGUAUGCACAGCUGAAGGAGAUGGACAAGAGGCAUCAGGAGGAGAGGGAGAGACUGCAGGCCGAGUCACAGGAGUAUGGUGUUCGUCUGGUUGAGCAAUCUGAGCAGCUAAAGAAGGCUGAGGAGCGGUUGGAGGAGAGGGAUCAGCAGGUGGAGGAGCUGCAAAAGCUGCUUGGAAACAUGGAGACAGAGAACAGCAUCCUCAAAGAAAAGAUGGCAGCAGGGGAGGCAGAGCUGCUGCAGCUUAAAGCAGACCGAGAGGAAGGGGAGGAGAAUGAACAGAGGUGUGAAAAGCUGGAGAAGGAGGCGGCUCUCCUGAAGGAAAAGAUUCAUCACCUCGACGACAUGUUAAAGUGUCAGCAGAGGAAAGUCCGCCACAUGAUCGAACAGCUGCAGAACUCCAGGACUGUCAUCCAAGAGAGAGAACGAUUCAUCAGGGAUCUGGAGGAGAGGGUGGCUUUCCUGGAAGCUGAGAACAGAGAAAUGCAUGACCACAUGGAGUACUUCCUGGCAGGCCAGGACCCUCCCCCCCUGACGUCCACUGAGAACAAGCCAGAGAUUGUUUACAGUAAAAGACUUACACCGACGACACCGACCGACAAGGCCCUCCCGUUCAUCAAAGUCAUCGAGAUCAAUUCCUGAGUGUCAACCAAAGGAAUAACCAGAAGUACAGUAAAAAUUGUAGUGUAAAUAUACAGUAUAUAUUUAACCACCUACCACCAGAACACAAAACGUAGAUCUGCAGUGAUCCAGAAAUGCUGGCUUAACAGACCUCAUGGUGACGAAGCACAUUGGUCCGUUGUAAGUACCUCAGUAUGUACUUGGUCAGCAAGUCUUCACGACACAGUAGCAAAAGUUCAGUAAAGUUCCCUGUGAUUUUAAAGUUUUCCACUUCUUUCGCAUGCAGGAAUAAGUUGUUUAAAUAGGUCAAUGUAUAAGGUAGGUUAAGUUU